AUGCCUCACCCAGAUCUCGAAGUCCACAAAUUUGUUAUUGAAGUUGAAGGCGGUGCCACUUCUGAAGUUCCUGUGCUCGGAGCUGACAAGAUUGAAUUCAAGAUUCCAGAAUCCUCCAAGUACACCGUCACCAUCUUCUUCAAGGUUAAGAACAACAAGUUGACUGACCUUAAGUACAAGCAAGUGGUUAAGAAGGCUGGUAUUCCUAUCAAGACCAGAGAAAACGAGCUUGGUACCUAUGAGCCAUCCGAUGAGCUCUUGUCGGUGACCUUCCCUCAAGAUGAAUCCCCAGGUGGGUACUUUAUCAGAGGCACCUACCCAGCCCAAUCCACCUACUACGCCAACGGUGAAGAAUUGACCGUUGUCGACUGGACCUUAGAAAUUACCAAGAAGUAA